GAAGGAAAGCACGAUGGCUCAGCCUCAGAGCCUAUGUUCCACAGCACCAGGGACCAGCUCCGAGGCUGCAUUUUCUAGGAAAAACUACUCUACUUCAGGCACAACCAUGGUAACCAAAGAGUAUGCAUCCUCCAAAGAGGUCCUUGUGGGCUCUUCAUUAACUCUCACAUUUCCAGGGGUAUGUGAAGAGUUGAGCAAGUCCUUUCCCUUGGCCAACAAGAAAAGGAAGAGUGGCCUUUCAAGGCUCUGUAAGAAGAAAACUUCUUUGUCAGAAAAUGGAUGGAAUGCCUAUUGUUUAGCUUCAUUGGCUGCUCGGAACAUCUGUACAAGGAAACUGUAUAGCUCUUGGACUCAUUUGGAACCUGCUUCCCUUUCUUGUUCAAUAUGCAACUCCUCCUCUUGUUCUCUCUUAAAUGCCUUGGCCUUAGGAGAAUCUGCUCAGGCCCUGUCAAUUGCUGUGCGAAACCCAAACAAAGCCAUUUUCACUGUGGAUGCCAGAACAACUGAGAUUCUAGUUGCCAAUGACAAAGCCUGUAAGCUUCUGGGUUAUACUACUCAGGAAUUGAUUGGCCAGAAAUUAUCUCAGAUGAUAUCAAAAUCAAAUUGGGAUAUUAUGGAAGCACUAAAGGAAGAAUAUGUUGAUGCUGAAGAACAUGGAGCAGUAGUUCCUGGAACAGUGGUAGAUGUUAUUUCGCAUAGCAAAGAAAUAAUCCCAGUCUCUGUAUGGAUGAGAAGAAUUAAAAACCAUUGCAAUCAUUACUGUGUUGUGGUUCUGGAGCCUGUGGAAAGACUCUCUGCCUCUGUUUUCUUCAAAAGCAAUGGAGAGAUUAUUUCCUGUGAUGCCCUUUUUGCUCAUGUCCAUGGCUACUCAUCACCAGAAGAUGUGGUUGGUCACUAUAUAACAGAUCUGAUUCCUUCUAUUCAAAUCCCUGCACCUGGCAAAAAAAUCCCAAAGAAUAUCAGAAUUCAGAGAUCUGUUGGCCGGGCAAGGGAAGGAACAACAUUCCCUCUCAGCCUGAAGCUGAAAGUGAACUUUUCUGCUGAGGAAGUUAUCCCAACACUAGAUAACUCUGUGCCAGUACAUGAUGCUGAAAUUUUGGAAGAUGGCGCAACAUCCUUACCCAUAGCUGGUUCUUUCUGUGCUACCAUCUGGGUCUUUACCACCAUCAGCGGGCUGAUAACCAUUCAGGCAGAUGGUACAAUUUAUGGAGUCAACAACACAUUUACUCUAAUGCUGUUUGGCUAUGAGAAAAAGGAACUUCUAGGGAAGAACAUCACAUUCCUGAUUCCUGGCUUUUACAAGUACAUGGAUAGAAUUAAUGCCUCCUCCGUAGAACUUCCACAGUCUAGAGGAAGUUAUAACGUAGCUGAAGAAAAUGUGAUCUCCGGUGUCUUUAAAGGAACCCAGGUGGAUGGCUGUGGUACAGUGGGAAAUAAUGAAGGUACCAGACCAUUACUUACUGGAGCUGUGGAGCUGCAAAAACAACAGGAAUUGUCAAAGCAUAAUGGAGCAGAGCUUUGUAUUAGACAGGAAACGCAGUUGGAAAGUGGUGGAAGUUUGCCCUCUUUUCUGUUACCUCCUCCAGAAGCAUCCAUAUCACUAACUGGAGACUAUAUACCCAGCAGCCAUAUCCCAGUCCCUGAUGAAGUCCUGCUUUCUGAGAGUCUGCAUGAUGGAAGCUGCACUGAGACACAGAUGACAAACUCUGCAGACUCUCAGCAAUAUGAAGCACAUUCUCAAAAACAGUUUUGUUCUGAACCUUAUGUUUUAGAAGGUAGGACUAAACUGCAAGACAGGAAUCUUUCCCUGUGCACUUUUGACCUAGUUCAGGAAGAAGAUGACUCUUUGGAUAUCUGCAGUUCUGGAAUGAUAAAGUGCCAGUCUCUCACUACCACAAAGAUUUCUGGAGCAGAAUGCCAUACUCAAAAGAAAACCAAGCUGGAAUCAAGGAGUAACCUAUCCUCUCUUGUGCCAUCUGCCCUAGAUGCAUCUACACCAUUGAAUGGCAGAGGCUAUAUGCCUAGCAGUCACGUCCCAGUCCAUCAUAAAGUUCUGCCUUCUGAGGGUCUACUUGACAGAGACAGCACAGAGACUAAGACUACAAAACCUAUUAACUCUUCGCAGUAUGAAGCCCAUUUUCCAAAACUGUUUCAUUCUGAACCAUGUAUGUUAGAAAGUAGUACUAAAUUGCAAGAUAGGUGUACUGCCAGGAGCACGUAUGACCUAAUUCAGAAAGAUGUUGAUGACAACAGUCUGUAUAUACAUAAACCAGCAUCACUGCAUGACAUUGUGAAAUGCCAAUUAGCCACUAGAUCUUUUGGACAAAAGGAUACUAGCCUGGGCAGUCAGAAUCCCAUAUCAGAAGAUGGUUUAGGACUGGAGACUAAUGUGCUUUGUGAUGCUGUGCAUAUAUCAUUUGGGACUCCCACACUAGAUGAGCUGAAGUACAACACAGCAUCUAGUCUCAGAGAAACCCAUAGGACGAUGGAUCACUUGCCACAUGGAAAUCUGAUGACGAAUGCUGAAAACUUAAGCUUUGAAAAUAUUACACUAGAAAAUGCAGCAAAUAAUUCAUUACUGUUUCUGCCUGAUGAAAGUAACAGUAGAGCUCCUAUUCCUGUGGGAUCACUUAAACCACAUGUUUCUGCCAUUGAGGAAGAUAGGAAGCUGGGUGAUGAGGUGAAGUCUGUUUGCUGUGGCCUGACAGAUCUGAGUUUGAAGAUUCAUGGAGAGAUAAAUUCAGACUUACCUCCUGCCUCUGGGCCAAUAAAGCUUUCCUUGUUAAGUAAGGAAGAUCUUGACCUGUCCUUGGACCACAAAAAUAAUGCUUCUGCAAAUGAUCAAGCUGAGUUUCUGCUGAGUGGUGGUUCUCCAAUAUACUGUCAGAACAGCUUGCUGUCUAGUACAUGCUGUGCUUCAGAGACUGAAAGUAUUGCAGGAAGCCAGAAGAAUCCCCUGGAAAUACAUUUGUCAAGCCUCAGUGUUCAGUCCCAAGAAGAAUUACUGCCAUUAAAAUGGCAGAACACAGCACAGGUGACGUCAACUCCUGUGAAACUAGAAGCUAUGCUGUCCCCAGUAGCUACUUUGAACAGUGAUAUUCUUGAAGGCAGCUAUUCAGGAAACUGCUACCACAGGGAUGGUUCCCAACUGAGCAUACUUUUUGAAGUGAAACGUGUGGAACUACAGGACCCUGCUAGUCUCUUCUGUAUUUGGGUUAGGAGAGACCUCUUCCAUUGCCAGAAACAAGCAGCAGUAAAGACACAUUUAUUACUUUCCAGUUUGGGUAGUUCGUCCCAAACCCUGGGUGAUGUCUCUCCAGUAAGCUUUGCAGAAUUGAUCAAACCUGUGCCCUUGCUUGAGAAUUCACGAAAAGCUGAAGAAUUGGAAAGAUUGAAGGCUUGUGAAGGAGACUAUGAAAAGAAAUAUGAUACUUUUAAGCUCAUAGGCAAAGGAGCUUUUGGAUUUGUCUGGACAGCCAAAUGCAAGAAGGAUCUCAAGGAGGCUGUAGUGAAGUUCAUUUGGAAAGAGAGAGUAUUGGACUACUGCUGGGUAGAAGAUCCUGAGCUGGGUACAGUCACUCAGGAGAUUGCAAUUUUGAGAAAGCUUCAGCACCCCAAUAUCAUUAAGGUGCUAGAUGUAUUUGAGAACCAGCAGUUCUUCCAGCUAGUCAUGGAGAAGCAUGGAACAGGUCUGGAUCUCUUUACAUUCAUUGAUAACCAGCCUGAUUUGGAUGAGCCUUUAGCAAGCUACAUAUUCAGACAGCUGGUAUCUGCUGUGGGCUAUCUACGCUGUAGGAAUAUUUUACACAGAGAUAUCAAGGAUGAGAACAUCAUAAUAGCUGAAGAUUUCACUAUUAAGCUGAUAGACUUUGGUUCAGCUGCUUACCUAGAACCUGGCAAGCUGUUCUAUACUUUCUGUGGGACAAUUGAGUACUGCUCACCAGAAGUUCUCUCAGGCAAUCCAUAUCUAGGACCAGAGCUGGAGAUGUGGUCACUUGGUGUAACACUUUAUACAAUCGUCUUUGGAGAAAAUCCUUUUUGUGAACUGGAAGAAACUAUGGAUGCUGUAUUAAGGCCCCCAUACAGUGUGUCAGCUGACCUGAUGGAUCUUCUUUCUGAGCUCUUGCAGCCUUUUCCAGAGAACCGUGCAACUCUAGAAAAAGUCGUGAAGGACCCUUGGGUGCUGCAAGCUGUGAAUCUAGCUAACUACUCAUGGGAGAAAGUAUUUGCUAAGACAGAAAGCAACCACUUCAAAAUGCAUUCCACUAGUUGUAGUCGUGGUGACAUCUGGGCUGUUCCAAGCCUGGAAAGUGAACAGAGCUUUCAUGAUGACUCCAUUUAUCAUGAGCUGGCUAAUUCUCAGCCAGUAGGAACUGCUUCUGCAGAUCAAGAGCCAUCAACAUCUCUCUGUGUUCAGGACUAGUGAGAUAUGUAUUCUUAACAUUUUGCUUUUUCUUUGGUGCUAAAAAAAUGCUGCAAUGACAUGAAUUCUGACAUACUUUCUGGCUAUUGUGGCGUGCAGUAGUGGAAUUGUGCUGUUCAUUCUGCCCUCUGGAAGCAGCUGUCACAUCUACAUGCUUCCUGGAGUUCUACAUGUGGAAAUCCUGAUUUUCAGUGUCUAUGUACAACACCCCCAAAGCAUAAAAGCUCAAACUGCAGGUGGAUAUGCUGCUUAAAAUGUAGGAAUCAACCAUAGGAUUCAAACCUACAUACUGAUUUUUUUUUAGGUGCAUACACUAUGCACAUAGCACACAUGAUGAUAUAGAAGCCUGGAGACUACAUAGGAAACACAAUGGACAGCUCGGAUAACCACAGUCCCACUUCCUUACCGUACACAGUUGCAAAGAUCAUCUGAGCUGGCUGUUACAGCUAACUUGGAUGUACUUAGGCAACAUAAGUUUUUGUUGUCAAAAUAGCUUAGACUGCUGAAUUGAUAGUACUGAUCUUUCAAUUUCUGGUCAUUCUGGUUAGUCUUAUGGAUGCAGUUGCUUCAUGGUUUAGGCAGUGUUGGACCUUUUGGGGAUGGAGGCCAGAAGCAGUGUCCUUUCGUAUCUUUCUUCAUUGGAAGUUCAGGGCUUCUUUUUGGCACUUACUGUAGUUUUUAAUUUUUUUUAAGGUAAGUAAAUUAUGUGUUGGUGAAACUGACAACUGUUUAGAGCUGCCUUUGGGGAAGAUUUCUGGUGGCUGUAAAUUUGUCCUGUUGCAGCUGCUUAUCCUACCAUUUGAGGACAAUUUGUAUUCAUUCAUAGCCAAGGAAUAAUCACUUUUAACCUAACACCUUCCACAUAUGACCCUGCUUCUCAGAAGUCCACAUAUUGAAGAUUACAUUUUACUUAUCCAGAGGAAAAGACACUUUUUUUCUAUUACAGUUAGUUUUAUUCAGUGACUGCACUUCAAACUGAAGGUCCUUUCCAGCUAAGAACCCAAACCAGACAUUUAUGACUAUGACUGUAUGUCUGAUGAUUCAGCUAAAAGAAGCAGUCAUUUAAAAGUUCAUAUUCAGUUGGUCUGGCACAUCUUUCCAACUUUUGAAAUGCACAUAUUUAUGUAGAUGCUGUGGAAGAUCAGUGAAAUAUUAAUAUUGAUAAUAGCCAUUUCUAUAUGCUUAAGCUAUUUUGUAAUUCAAUUUUCAACUGUUUUUAGAAAAGUACAUUAUUUUUUGCAGAUUAGUUCAGUGCACAAUCAUUUUUCACUACUGACUGGUAGUUUUGGAUGACCUGACAGAUAAACACUCUGAAAAGAAUUCAUAUAUUUGGCACUCAGAAAAUACUAAUAUAGCUAUCUGCAAAAUAUUAUUUACAGAAUAGGCCUUAACUGUUUUUGAUUGUUUUGGACCCCAGUGUAUUUGCUUCUCUAUAAUACCUUUCCUUUAUUGGCUGUACUCCAAGGACAAAGGAAUAAUCCUGUGGCCCUAGAAAUUGUUUGGGGCCCAUAGAAUAGUUUGAAUUCUCAGCACUAAGGUUAGAGACAGCACCAUGACUAUGGAGUUCAGAAUCAGAGCUGUGAUCCCUUGCCCAACCAACCCCCUUGCAGUUGAUGCAGAAAGAACUAUUUCAAGGGGAGGAGACUGGGCCAGCUAAGACACAAGGUCUAGUGAAAAUGUAGAAAAGGAGGAAUGUACGUGUGUGUGAAAAUAGCUUCUGCUGCACAUCCUCUGCAUUUGAUAAUCUUGAUAGGAUUGUGCCCUAAGUAGUCUUUUCCUUCAUCUUGAAAGAAUCUCUCAGGCAAUUUAUACAGCAGAGAAUAAAAUGCAUGAAUUAGUCAUAUUUGCCCAGUGUGUAUACGUAACACAGGGAGGACAUUUGGUACCUACCCAAAAAGCAAUCUGAUUUGUAAGUUCUGUAUGUUAAAGGUUGUGUACUUAGCUCUUGUCCAUUAGUAUUUGUUAUUUAGGGGCAGUGUUUAUUGGAUACAUUGUCUACUAAUGGUCCUACAUUAACUAUAACUCCAAAAAGAAAUGUUUCAGGAAAUCAUAGCAAGUUACACAUGAAAAAAUGCAAGAAAACCUUACUGGAUGUUGCUUCAAUGGAGCAAAAUGUGCUUGUUCAGUACCUUUAAACUAAGUCCUGCAUCCUGAUUUUUUUUUUUUUUAAUGUAGGCUAUAUUUUAAAACAGGAGAACUUUUUAGAAUAAAAAGUAUAUUGUUGAAAGCUGUGGUUUCCAUCUUAAUUGUGCUGCAUCAUUUUGUCUGCCAAAGCGAACCGAAGAAAUAGCAGGGUUUUAAUGUGCAUGCUACAGUUUUUUGCUACUGAUAGCAGUGGUCCAGCCUUAGGCUUUUUUUGUGACGCUACACACUUUGCUUUUCAUACUUUUGUUAUACUCUGUUUUCCUUCUCAAACCAGAAAAGACCAACGCUGUAUGGUAUUUUACCUCAUCUUUUCUCCAAGGAGCUCAAGGUGGCAUAUGGGGCUCUUUUCUUCCUGCACCUUCAUUUGAUCAUCACCACACUGGAAGACAAUGUAUGUGGUAUAGUGGUUAAGAAAGCAGGACUGGGACUCAGACG